AAUAUAGGUAGUGGUUUAAGUUCUGGUAAAGUAUUACAGAGGUUUCCCGAGAAAGAUUGGGAUGAUACUCCUUUUAUUGAUGGCAUUGAACUGUUUUGCCAACCACAGGGCUGGAACCUGUCUACAGUUCGCCAACAACCAACAUUUUUCGUUUCAGUCCUUACUGACAUCGAUGCAAAUCGUCAUUAUUGUGCGUGCUUAUCAUUUAAUGAACCUGUUGCAAUCACGCCCAGCAAACCACCUGAUGAAGAAGGUGAAGAGGAAGCAGUGGAGCCCUCUGGGGGUCUGGUACAGCAUCAUUCCAUUAUGUAUGCACCUAAAUGUCUGGUCUUAGUAUCUAGGCUAGAUUACUUUUCUACAUUUCGGAAUUGUCUAGGGAUCAUUUAUACUGUGUACAUAGAUAAUAUUGCUGUACAGAUGGAAACACUAAUUGGGAACAUUUUAGGCUGUGUCCAAGUGCCCCCACCUGGUGGACCACAAGUAAGAUUUUCUAUUGGUGCUGGUGAUAGACAAGCUCUUCAACCCCCGUUAAGUUCAACUCUUCUUGUUACUGGUACUACAGUAUUUCAGUUGUUUGAAGAGCUUGGUAUACACAAUGUAGUGACUCUUUUCUGUGCAGCCAUGACAGAACAUAAAAUACUUUUUCAUUCCAGUAGCUACUCUCGCCUUACAGAUGCUUGUCAUGCAGUCACUGCCUUGAUGUAUCCUUUUAAAUAUAGUCAUGUAUAUAUACCUCUGUUACCGUCAGCUUUAAUAGAAGUGUUGAGUACCCCAACUCCUUUCAUAAUGGGUGUUCAUUCUUCUUUGAAAGGUGAAGUUUUAGAUUUGUUAGAUGUCAUUGUUGUAGAUCUGGAUGGUGGAUCACUUGUAGUUCCUGAUUGUAUUAGUGUUUCAUGUCUCCCCGAACCAUUGAAUACUCAAUUAUAUGCUCAUCUGUGUGCGGUUUUGAGACCUGAAUUGAGGACUGCAGACGAUGCAUUUCCUCCUGCUCAGAUAAAACCAUCUCAAUCUCAUAUGCUAGACAAAGAAAUCAGAGCUAUCUUCCUUCGAGCAUUCUCUCACCUACUUCAAGGUUAUCGUUCAUGUCUCACUAUCAUCAGAAUUCAUUCUAAACCAUUUAUUGCUUUUCAUAAGGCAGCAUUUCUAGGACAACAAACAUUUUCAGACUGUGACUUCCUGAUAAAGGUUCUAGAUUGUAUGUUCUUUAAUACUUUUGUCUCUGAGAGAGGUCCUCCUUACCGAGUCUGUGAUAUUUUUGAUGAAAUAUAUGCAAGUAUGCAGGAUACACUGAAAGCAGAAUCUAAAAACCCAUCAUUAGUUUUGCAACAUAUCCAAGAAUUAGCACAACAGUUAUAUUUAAAUGAGAAUCCAAAUCCUCAACCUUAUGUACAGAAAAUACCAAAACCUACAGAAGGAGCUUUUACUCGAAUUCAUCAGCCACCAUUUCCUAUCAUAUGUUCAAAAAUUGUACAAGAUAUAAUAGAUGAAGGCAUGUCUAAACAAUCGCUCAGGGCAAAACUCUCUGCAAUUAAACCUCAGCAACCAAGAAUAGUGCCUGUUGGACCUCAAGCGUCAUCAUGGCUUGACAACCGAGGCUUAGUUACUAAUAGUGCUAGGCGCCUUGAAGUUCUACGAAGUUGUGUCAACUGUAUCUUUGAAAAUAAAAUUUCCGAUGCAAGAAAGACAUUUCCAGCUGUUCUUCGAGCUUUAAAAAACAAGACUGCUCGUUUAGCAUUAACACAGGAACUUGCAUUACAUGUAACAGGAAACAAAGCAAUGCUAGAACAUCAACAGUUUGAUUUAGUUGUCAGACUGAUGAACUGUGCUUUACAGGAUGAUUCAUCUAUGGAUGAAUAUGGUGUAGCUGCUGCUAUUUUACCAUUGGCUAUGGCAUUUUGCAGAAAGUUAUGCACUGGUGUGAUACAGUUUGCUUAUACAUGUAUUCAAGAACAUCCUGUAUGGCAAAAUCAGCAGUUUUGGGAAGCUGCAUUUUAUCAAGAUGUUCAAAGAGAUAUACGUGCUCUAUAUGCUCCACAUCGUGUGCCAGUUGGGGACAGAGAAUCAUCUUUAUCACCUGUCAGUCCUCGAGAGAGUAAGGAAGUGUCCAGUUCUUGGAGCAGAAGCGAAAACAGAAAUUUCAGCUCCUAUAGUAAUAAUGGUACAAAUAAUAUUGGUCGUCAGCCAGAACCUAGUGCAUUAGAAAUUGCUGCUGAACAAAUGCGGCUCUGGAUUAGCCUUAGUAAGGAACAGCAAAAGGAAUUAAUGAAUAAUGAAGAAUCUACAGUUUACAGCCAAGCCAUUCAUUAUGCCAAUAGAAUGGUGGCUCUCAGAGUGCCAUUAGAUGCUAGUAAAAGUGCCAAAAGCUCCAGUGACUUGGAGCGGGAAAGUAACAGCAACAGUAAUGUUACCAAUAGCAUGGCAGAAACUGACAGUGUUGAUGCUGAAAGUGGAUUUGAGGAAGAUAAUUCUGAAGUUGGAGCCAAUGUUAUAAAAUUUGUUUCCAGAUUUGUUGAUAAGGUGUGCACUGACAGUGGUGUGACUGAAAGUCAUAUCAAAGCUCUUCAUCAAAUGAUUCCUGGUGUUGUUGCAAUGCAGAUGGAAACUUUAGAAGCAGUUCACAAAGAGAGUAAACGUCUUCCACCUAUCACAAAGCCAAAAAUUCUUUCACCAAGUCUACUGCAAGGAGAAGAAUUACUUAUGGAAGGACUACGUGUAUAUCUUAUCCCCGAUGGAAGAGAGGAAGGAACAGGAGGUUUACUUGGAGGGCCUAGUCUUUUACCUGCUGAAGGGGCUGUAUUUCUUUCUAAUUACAGAAUUCUGUUUAAAGGAACACCAUGUGACCCAUUUGCUUGUGAACAAGUUAUUGUUAGAAGCUUUCCUGUAGCUACAUUGACAAAAGAAAAGAGAGUUAAUGUUCAGUAUCUUACUCAAGUUGAUCAGUUUUUACAGGAAGGACUUCAGUUACGUUCAAAUACUUUUCAGCUUAUUAAAAUUGCAUUUGAUGAAGAAGUGACAUCUGAAAGUAUAGAAACCUUCCGAAAAUUGAUCAACAGGGUUCGCAGUCCACCUAGUGUGUUUCAUGUUUUUGCAUUUAGUGGUCAUCUAGCAGUUCCUCAAACCCCUCUUCAUAAACACAAAGAGAAAAAUGCAACUCUGAAAGUGAUUGCCAAAAAAACACUUUUGAAAACUGCAAUGAAAGCUGGUUUCAAGCCAAAGCCUUCAUCACGAAAACAGAAAUAUGUAAUCCAAGGUCCCCAUGAUUCAAGAACAUUACCUAGUCCUGGAAGAACUCCAUCUGUUGGAUUUGAUAAUGAAUCUGACCGACCAUCAUCACUUUACGAGGAUGAUUUAUCCAUGAUUGAUGAAAGUGACCUUGCUGUAUCUACACCCCAUAUACCAACCUAUGCUCAACAUAUGGAUUCUAAGACUUUAGAAAAGUUGUCUGAACGAAGUUAUUGUAAAGAUUUUCAAAGAUUAGGCCUUGGAGUCCUAAAUGGUGGAAAUAACAAGAGUAAAGCUGAAGGCUUUAGAAUCUCAUCUAUUAACAGUACAUAUUCUGUUAGUCGCAGGUAACAUCUAAUUUUUUGAAUAUAUUAG